CAGAAAUGUCUUGCUUUUCCAGAACAGCCAUGCUCUCCUUCAGGUUCUUCACAAUGUCUGCUGGGGAUUUGUGAGACUUCCCAAAUGGGAACGGCAUGGCGGCAGCGACAGAUGCCUCGCUGCGCUCUGCCUGCUUCACGGGGCUGGGCCGGGCGGCUCCCUCUCCGCCUCCGCGUCGUCGCCGUCCCCGUCCUCGGCCGCCGCCGCCUCGGGCUGCUCGCUCGGUCCCCGCGGGGCGGCACGGGCGCUCGGCCCCUCCGUUGUCUUCCGCCUGCUCCUGCUCCCGGCGACGGGCUCCCGCGGCAGCGGCGGCGGCGGCUGAGCGGGCGGACGGCGGCCCAGGGGCUCCCGCGGCGGCCGCCGCACUGCUGCGCUCGCUCGCUCGGGCUGCGGCUGCUGCUGCGGGGCCCGGCGCCGCCUUCGCCUUCGCCUUUUAG